AUUAUGCUGUUUCCUCCAGCAAUCGUCUUUGGAUGAAAAGAGGUUCCUAAUUUCUUCCAAUGAAGCUAUUUCUGCAUUCCUCCUCACUCUCCAUAUGGUGUUUCUUCUUCUACCUUUUUCAAGUGCCAAAAAUCACUGCAGACCUCAACUCAGACAGGGAAUCCCUUCUUGAUUUUGCUUCCUCUGUGCCUCAUGCUCCAAGACUCAACUGGAAAAACACUUCUUCUAUUUGCAGCUCUUGGUCUGGAGUCACUUGCACUCCAGACGCCACUCGUGUAAUGGCACUUCGCCUGCCUGCACUCGGACUUAUCGGUCCCAUUCCUGAAAACACAUUAACUAGAUUGGAUGCCCUCACCACCCUCAGCCUUCGAUCCAAUUACCUCAACGGUCCUCUUCCAUCCCAUCUUCUCUCUCUACCUUCUCUCCGAUACAUUAACCUCCAACAUAACAACUUUUCGGGGGAUGUCCCCUCCUUUUUCUCUUCACAGCUCAACGUCAUUGAUUUUUCCUUCAACUCAUUAACGGGGAAUAUCCCUCUCACUAUGCUAAAUCUUACACAUCUCACCACUUUGUACCUCCAGAACAACUCUCUUUCUGGUUCCAUACCUGAUCUCAACCUUCCAAAGCUGAAGCAGUUGAACCUCAGCAAUAACCACUUCAACGGUUCCAUUCCAUCUCACCUACAGACGUUUCCUCCUUCUUCAUUCACCGGAAACUCUUUCUUGUGCGGUACACCCCUCGAUAACUGCCCUUCAAUACCACCUUCUCCUUCUCCACCAUCUCCUUCUCGAAUCCACAGCCCAUUUUCUCCGAUAAUUCCUCAAAUGCACAAGUCCACGAAAAGUUUAAGCAAAGGGACUAUAGUUGCAAUUGGAGUAGGUGGUGCUGCAGUGCUAUUUCUGGCAGCUUCGGCAAUGUUUGUGUUCUGUACAAAGCGUAAGAUGACUGUUAGUAGUGGAUUGCUAAAAGGAAAACCAUUCCAAGGGGGGAGACGUGAGACGGCCAAUGAAGAAUUCGGGAGUGGGGUACAAGAGGCCGAAAAGAACAAGUUGAUAUUCUUCCAAGGAUGCUCAUUCAAUUUCAAUCUUGAGGAUUUGCUGAGAGCCUCAGCUGAGGUGCUGGGGAAAGGAAGCUACGGUACAACCUACACUGCCAUCUUAGAAGAAGGAACGACUGUUGUGGUGAAACGGCUCAGAGAAGUUGUUGCUGGGAAAAAAGAAUUCGAACUACAGAUGAAGACCAUUGGGAUGAUGAGUCAGCAUCCUAAUAUUGUCCCACUUCGAGCUUAUUACUUCUCCAAGGAUGAGAAACUUCUCGUUUAUGAGCAUGUCCCACGUGGCAGCCUCUCCACCCAACUCCAUGGGAACAAGGAGAGUGGAAGAUCUCUUGAUUGGGAAUCGAGGGUCAAAGUUUUACUAGGAGCAGCCAAGGGAGUGGCCUACAUUCAUUCUGCUGGUGCUGCUGGUGGUAAAUUGACCCACGGAAACAUCAAAUCUUCAAAUGUCCUCCUCACUCAAAACUCCGAUGCUCGUAUUACAGAUUUUGGUCUAAUUCCUGUAAUGGGAGGAAUCCCUGGUAUUCCAUCUAGAGGUGCCGGUUACAGAGCACCGGAGUUGGUUCAAACAGGAAAAUCAACUCAAAAGUCGGAUAUUUACAGCUUUGGUGUUCUGAUACUGGAAUUGCUCACAGGCAAAGCUCCGGUUCAGCCAAUGGGACAAGAUGAGGUUGAAGAUCUACCGAGAUGGGUCCAGUCCGUUGUGAGGGAGGAAUGGACGGCUGAGGUUUUUGAUGCUGAUCUCAUCAAGUAUCAUAAUAAUAUUGAAGAAGAAAUGGUUCAAAUGCUUCAGAUUGGUUUGGCGUGUGUGGCAAAGGUGCCAGAGAUGAGACCUGCAAUGAGUGAAGUUGUUAGGAUGAUUGAGGAAAUCCGCCUUACUGAUUCUGAGAAUCGAACAUCAUCCGAAAAGUCCAGGAGCACUAGCCCAGCAUCUUAGAGAAUCUCCACAUUUAUUUAUCCAAACAUAAAAACGGUCUUCACAAGUUUCAGAUGUAAUAAUAAUAAUCUAGUUUAUUCCAAUACUAGUCGAAAGUGUUUGAUU